AUGUUAAAUAGCGUCAUCUAUCGAUCAUUUUCUAACAGAGGACGACGAAAUAGUAACCAAUUAAUUCAUGAAGAAAAAUCUUAUCGAAAAUUAAGAAAGAAUCCUGAUUUCAAUCAAAUAUCAUAUAAUCAAAUAUCAAAAUUAAUAUUAGAAGAUCGUCCACUAUUGUGUCCAAGAAUGCCUAAUAUAAAAGUAUUUGGUGGUUCAUCUCAUCCUGAAUUGACAAAAUUAAUUUGUACUCGACUUGGUUUAGAACCAGGAAGAGUUAUAACAAAAAAAUUUAGCAAUCGAGAAACAAGUGUUGAAAUCAAUGAAUCUGUUCGUGGUGAAGAUGUUUUCAUUGUUCAAAGUGGUUGUGGUGAAAUUAAUGAUAAUUUAAUGGAAUUAUUAAUUAUGAUCAGUGCAUGUAAAAUCUCAUCAGCUUCUCGAGUUACUGCUGUCAUUCCAUGUUUUCCUUAUGCAAGACAAGAUCGAAAAGAUAAAAGUCGUGCACCUAUUUCAGCUAAACUUGUAGCGAAUAUGUUGAGUGUCGCCGGUGCUGACCAUAUAAUUACAAUGGAUUUACAUGCAUCUCAAAUUCAGGGUUUUUUUGAUAUUCCUGUUGAUAAUCUAUUUGCUGAACCAGCUGUCAUUCGUUGGAUAUCAUUACAUAUUCCAGAUUUCAAAAAUGCUGUCAUUGUAAGUCCUGAUGCUGGAGGUGCUAAACGUGUGACAUCCAUUGCUGACCGAUUGAAUAUUGAUUUUGCACUUAUUCAUAAAGAACGAAAAAGAGCUAAUGAAAUCGAUUCUAUGGUGCUUGUUGGUGAUGUCACAAAACGUAUCGCUAUUUUAGUUGAUGAUAUGGCUGAUACGUGUGGUACAUUUGAAUGUGCAUCACAAAAAUUAUUAAGUGCAGGUGCAAGUAAAGUUUAUGCUAUUUGCACUCAUGGAAUUUUUAGUGGACCGGCUAUAUCGAGAAUAAAUAAUUCCCCAUUCGAAGCUGUUGUUGUUACCAAUACAAUUCCACAAGAAGAAAAUAUGAAAAAUUCAAAUAAAAUCCAGGUAGAAAUGACAAAUAUCUUAAUUCAUGAUUCUUUCGAAUAUACAUAG